AUGAUUGGUGACGAGGAUGUGAUCCUAGAAGAAGCCUUCAAGGCAGUAGCUACUAGGGGCGCCAUGCUCGGCAAGUUUCCAGAGAUCGAUCUGCACGGCGGUAACUAUGACGUUUUCUUCGAGUGUUUCGAGUGCUUCGUCGCUGCGAACGACGUCACAGAGUACAAGAAGUUGCAACAAGGCAUGCAGAAGUACGAGCAUUGCAGUGGUGCCCCUCAGUUCCUAACAUUUCUGCUGCUUUUAGUGCUGACGUUCGAAGCGACACCUUGUGCCGGUCUCAGGGAAGGACCGACGCCGGGAGGGUGGAUGAAGCAGGAUCCAAAUAACGCAACCUUUGUUGAGGCAGCACAGUUCGCCGAGCGGAAGGUUGCGUUGAUAGGCGGUCCUCGAUACCGCAUUCUCCAGGUCCUUUCCGCGUGGACGCAGGACGUGAAUGGCACCAACUUCAGAGUGCUUUACGUGAGGGGGCCAAAGUGCAGACCAGAUGAAGAUUUGACGAUCUGCGACGAGAAUGAGCCCCCGGAAAAUUGCCUGGCCAUUGUUUACGCAUCGCAAUACAACUCUCAAAGGAAUCUGAUUAUGCAUUCAUGUUCUCAGCAGGGCGGUGGCGGCCGCUUCCCCCCUGAAGAGCAAACCUUGUCGCCGUAA